AAGGAGGCAAGCUAGACCUGGGAGUGAAAACGACAUUAUACUUUAGAGGCGGGUAGCCUGCAGACAUGCGCUGUACACGCACGAACAUUGCUGACGGUCACGGCCGUGCCACGCGUAACAACCCGUCGGCCUGGCCUGAAGAGCAAGACCGACCUGGUGGCAGGCGUACGCCGAACAGCACCCAGCAGCAGACCUACUGCUAUUGGGCUGACUCUCCCCGUCUUUCUGGCACAGCUAGUUAGCUAAGCUGUGCAACACCAGGACCUAGAGAGAUCAACAUCAACGAUCUACUGGUCAUUCAAAAUCAGUACCAUAAACGGGAGACUGCAACAGAGGCGCUUGGUGACUGUUGGAUGCUGUUGUGCCUUCAAACAGGCUAGAGAAAUCACUGGAUAGCAGCAGCAGGGAAGAGAAGGACGACAACCUGCUAAACCUGCGUCUAUGCGAGGAUACCGCCAAGGCACAAUAUGGCGGACGUACGGAUACCGCUAUUGCUACCGGUUCUAGCGUUGGCAAUGCUGGCCAGCGCCCAAGACGCGCCCACGCAGCUGCCCGACAUGCGACCGCUGUUCCUGACCAUCGCGUCACGUGCCACGCAGACCCUGCACCUGGACACGAUGGCCAACGCGGAGGCCAGUGUCGUGCUUUUCCCAUGCCAGGGCGAGGUACAGUGGAACGUCACCGACUCCGUCACUGGCGAACUGCUCCACAGUCACGUGACUCCGGUCAUCAAGGGAACACCGGCGCAGCGCGUCAGGUUCGCGGAGCGCAUGCGCCGGCAGGCUUCGUGGGCGCAGGAUCAGCAGCAGCAACAGCAGCAGGAUCAGCAGCUCGGUGCCGGAUUCUUCGGCCAACCACAGGCAAGCAAUGCGCAGCAGUCACCUCCUGAGACUCCGAACUACUUCGCACAGCCAGUUCCUCAGGCUGGAAACCCUGAAGAACGGUUAGGUGAGUUGGUUGGUGAGCCUGCCAACACAAUGCUGGCAAACCCAUUCGAGGCAAUCAUGAACGCAAUAGUACCGACCAGCGGCAGUACUGUGGCACCCACCACCCAGUCCCAGCUCACUGCUGGCCUGACGUUCACAGCAGGCCUCGGUAAAUCACUUGGCACCACCGUUAGCGUAUUUAGACAGCGCCAGACUGAAGCCAGACCGCUGACAGUGAACGUGCAUAACCCUACUGGCGAUGAGGCGACGUUCCAGGUCGUAGGUACGUCCAUGUUCGAGCGUCUGCCGUUUCCCGAGCUGCCUGUCGAAUCACAAGUCACCGUGGAUGGUGUUAGACCCGACCAGAUCAUGAUCAGCUGGGAGCCUGUGCUGCAACACGUCGAUCUAGCCGUGGCCGCGGCCGGGGCCGCGCCGUCACAGAAGACGAUCGAGUACUGCGCCGAGUAUCGUCCGCUAAGCGAGGUGCUACCGGGCGACGUGCUCACGAGUCCGUGCGCCGAUCAGCGCCGCAAGCCCGGUACGAAGCGCCUGUGUACGCAGGACACAUCACUGACCCUGACCAAUCUCACGCCAGGUACGGAGUAUGCCGUGGACGUCCUUGCCUCAGACGUGGAGAGUGCUGGAGCGCUCCCGUACACCAGCGUCCAGGUGAAGACAUCACGUCAAGGACUUCCGAUCGCCAACCACGAGGAGAUGAAGGGACUGCACUCGCCACCUCUGGGCAGUGCCAUCUACACGUUCAACACGGCCGAGAUCCGACAGACACCCGGGCCAAUGAGCAUGACCGUCUUUCCCUGCCAGGGUCGGGUCACGUGGAGCCUGAAGCGCGAUGGGCAGACCGUAGCACAGUUUAGCCCCGAGUAUGAUAUCGACAUCGAAGAGGAGAGUAGUGACGACGAGUCGUACGAAUAUGAGAACAGCGUGAGUGCGCCCGAUGACGAUUUCGAAGACUUCACCCGGAGGAAGCGGGGAGUCCGCUCCGGAACUCGCGUGCGACGGCAGGUGGUGACGGGCGGCCAGACGGUUUUCAAGUACGAGAAUCAGGCCGCUCCGCCAGGCUUCUAUGAACUGGAAGUGAACAAUACGCAGAACGCCACUUCGCAGUACAGCGUCUUCGGCACGGUGUCACCUGAGACUGCGCCUUUCCCAUCGCUACCACCCAACCCUAAUGUGCAGAUCAAGGAGGUGACCAAUAAUGAGGUGACGGUGGACUUCAACCCGAGCCCGAGCGAGAACACCACCUAUUGUAUAGCUGCCAUCCCACGCACUCAACUGCGCAUGCAGAGCUUUGUGCGCAACAGCCCUUGCUCGGAAACGGCGCGCAACACCAUCAACAACGGCUUGAAUCAACCUCAGAUUGAGCAGCCGCUCGCUGGCGGCAACGGACUCGGAGGAGGUGCCGGAGGUGCGAAUAUUCCGGCAUAUAACGGCGGAGCGAACGCAGUUGAUUUCGGUGUUCCCGGUGGCGCGGCAGCAGGCGGUGUUGGCGCUGGCAUGGGUGGUGGUGGUGUUGGCGCAGGUACGGCUGGUGGUGGUGCAGGUAUUGGUGGUGUUGGUGGUGGUGGCGCUGCCUUAGGUGGUGGUGGCGCGGGUAUUGGUGGUGGUGUUGGUGGUGGUGGCGCUGCCAUAGGUGGUGGUGGCGCGGGUAUUGGUGGUGGUGUUGGCGGUGCUGGUGGUGUUGGCGGUGCUGGUGGUGUUGGCGGCGCUGGUGGUGUUGGCGGCGCUGGUAUUGGUGGCGGUGGACAACAGAAUGCAUUCGCAGCAGGCAACUCACCGACUGGCAAUGGCGGUGGUGCUUUCAAUGGCUUCUCGGCAGGUGCCGGAAAUGCAGCAGCCAGUCCUGGAUUCAGCACAGGCAACGUAGCUGAUAGCGGUCGCACUGCCGCUAUCCCAGCUGCUGGUGAACAGCCCGCGGUUGGUGGCUUCGGGCAGGAUCCACAGACCAGCGCUCCGGGGCUAGCUGGGGUCGGUGGCGGUGAGGCUGGCUUCCCUGCCGACGCAAUGCCCCAGGGCAUUGAUGUACCUAUCAAUGGCGCCGCCCCGGUCGGGGUCAGCCCCGGAUCCCCGCAGGCUCAAGCACCCAAUAACAACCCACCCCAGGAUGCCGGACAGUCUCCCCUGGACCUCAUCAACAAUGGCAACCAAGCCAGCGUGGCCGGAAGCGACCCAAUGCAGUCAUCGAACCCUGUGAACGCAUUGGCCGGUGGCGGUGGCACAUUCAGUAAUGGACAAGGCACUGCUGGAGAUCCCAUGAACGCCCAGGGCCCCGCUGGAUCGCAGAAUGUGAUUGCCUCGGGCACGGCCAACACGGGUGGCACCGGACUGGGAGGUUCUCCAAGCCAGUUAGGCGGCAACGGACAGCAGAACGCCAACGGUGGUACAGCAGCCGGCACGGGUGCUGGUGGCCAGGCGGGCGCAAACGGUGUCAACGCCGAUCCGCUUGGUCUAGGCCCUGACGCUGGCUUCACGGCCGCCGGCUUUGGAGGAAUGGGCGCGCCGUCGGGUAACCUCGACCCGGGCCAGGGCAACAACAACUUUCAACUCGUUCCCGACCAGAAUGCCGGCGGCCAGGGUGGUGUGGGUGCACCGCCCCCGUCCUUCGGCAAUGUCCCCGUACCCGUUCCAGGACAGAUGGCACCACAGCAGCCGGGCGGCCGUGGAGUGGAGGGAGGCAUGGCCGUGCCGAACAUGCCCGGAGCGGGCCAGGGCGAGCAGGUGAACUUCAACAAUGUGGCUCAGCCGGCCGACGCCGGCACCGGGUUCGGGCAGACGGGGCCCGGAGGCAUGGGCGGUGGUAACCUAGGACAACAGCCACCCGCACCACCGCGCGGAGGUAACUCGGCGUUCGGCGAUGGCUUCGGUCAGGCACCGCCACCGCCGUUUAGAAUCGAGACGCCGGACAUCCUCAUCGCACCACCCGUCCCGCCGCAGUGCGGACGAUCAACGACGCAGGUGAUCCGCAACAUCACGGCCGGCGUACCGUACGAGAUCCAGGUGUUUGCCGUCAACUCGCGAACGCAUCAGGCCAUGGCCUACACCGGUGCCGUGGUCAUACCGCAUGCCACCGGCAGCUCCGCACGCGUCACCGCUGGUGUGCUGACGUCACUAUGCGUUGCCAUGACUGCAGUUGCCAUGUCUCUCAAUCACUUGAUUUGAAGUGUGUGGCAACGGUCUAAGUACUUGUGGUAUCAGCAUUACCGAUGGUAGUGGCUAACCCGACCUGCUGCUGUUGUCAUCUGAUCUCAACGUUAUUACCGCAAACUCAAUAUCUCUCCCUGUGCUACGCAGCAAAACUCGAGCACUGAAUGAUCGGUGCAUGUCGAUAUCAUCUCUCUCUCGGGUGAGAGCAAUUUACUAAGUGAGGUGUAAAUGCGAUGUACGCUCUUUCCAGACAACACAGCCAUUAUUGUUACUGGACUGAAUAGCCUCAAGUGAUCAUGCUCGUUUUUCCUUAGCGUUGUGUUGGCCUUACAUCAACCAAAGCACACAAACUAUUUCUCCCUCACACACGCGCAAAGGCACGACUGCACAAGACUACAUAGGUACUGUAACACUUAUUUUGAAACUACCAAUACACUAUGCACAGUGGCGCCUCUUCUGUUAUUAUAAGGGAAAAAUUACUAUGGAGAGAUGUAGAGGCUUUUCACUUGAUGAUCUUGCGAGUAUUAUUGUACUACAGUGGCUGUAGAUAUUUUUAUCUUCGUCGUUUUUCUCCUUUAUUUGGUCGUGCGUGGUCAUGAGCUGUUGCGGACAGAAUCUUUACGCAAACACAUCAAUAACUAUACCCUAAUUAUUGUUCUAUUCUAAACUGUACUAUAAAAUUCGUUCUUUUUCCGAA